AGAGAAGUGACUGAUGAAAAGAGAUAGCUGAGAUGACAGCUAUUUGACGGGGGGGGAACAGGGGGGCGGUAGACAUGUAAAAGAGGAUGUAACACGCUGGGAAAACACAAGUCAAGGAUGAGUGAAACAGAGCUUGAGCUGCAUCCAGAACCUGGGAGAGUUCAGCCUUCACCUCUACUGCAACUACCCACUCAUUAUCCCCACCAGAUCCUGCAACAACUCGAGUCUGACCGACAGCGACUGCAUAUGUCAUACUCUAACAUCGAGCACCGAGUAAAGCCAGUGUGGAUGAAAUAUCGGCUGUUCUUCCUCGUGGGCUGUUUCUUACUUGCUGUCGUGGUGGGACUAAUCAACUAUCUGUCUCACCAUUUCCACACUGUUACACCGUGUCUCUCUCCUGCCUGUCAGUGGGCUUCAGCCCAUCUCUCCACAUCUGCUGAUCCCUUCACGCAGCCCUGUGAUUACUUUCUGUACACAUGUGGAUCAGACAGACUUUUACUGGACAGUGAAAGGGGACAAAGAAGUCAUGGUUUUACUUUACAUGCAGAAAACCAAAGAAAGUCUGUGCAGUCAAAGCAGGAAGAUGGAGGACUAACAGAGGAUAAAACACUGAGCAGAAAAGCUGUGUUGCUGCAGUAUCUCAAGAAGAUUUUAGAAACAGACAACGGGAUGAAUAGUUCAGCAGUGCAGAAGACUAAAGGAUUCUACCAUUCCUGUUUGGAUACACAAUCUAUAGAAACUGCUGGCGCAGACCCCUUCCUCACACUCAUACAGAAACUGGGAGGCUGGGCAGUAUCGGGGCAGUGGAAUCAGACCGAUUUCAACACCACCUUGGGGUUGCUAAUGAGAGACUACAAUACCUUUCCAUUCUUCAACAUCUUUGUGGGCAAAGACCCUUAUGAAGCAGCACGUGGGAUUAACAAAAGAUACAUACAGAUUGAUCAACCUGAUUUGUUGAUCCCGAUUGAAUGGAACAGCCAGACAGAGAAGUCUAGAGCUAAAACUGAGACUCUACGUCCUUUCUUGGCCUCGUGUCAGAAAUACCUCGACCUGCUGGGAGCCCCAAAGAGCAGCAGCUUGAUCCAUGUGGGCUCUUUCGUCUCUCUGUCCUCUCAGCUUGCUGUGGCAUUUUCACCCCUGGAGUCUCGCCUGUCUAAAGGACAGCUCUACCAGCGCAUGACCAUCAAAGCGCUACAGAGACAAGCCCCUGCUAUUGAUUGGCUGGGCUGCCUCCAGGCUGCUUUCCAUCCCCUGCCCCUCAGCGCAGAUGACGAUGUCCUUCUGCAUAACUUACCCUACAUCGUGCAAAUGUCCAACACCAUUAUCAAAUGGCUGAACAAGCCCGAAAUGAGUAACAGCGCUCCCCUUCAUACUUUUAUGGUCCUCAAUCUGCUGCACACCCUGAUGCCUGCCAUGGACUCCAGAUUUUUUGAAACGGCAAAGAACUUUUCUAUGGCUUUGGGUAACACUGAAGAGGAAGCUCCUCGCUGGAAACACUGUGUGCUGGAAACUGAGAGAGGAUUUGACUCAGUUCUCACACAUCUUCUCAGUGAAGUGACAGCACAGAAGGAGGCAGAGAAGAUUAUUCAAAGUGUUUUUAACUCCUUCAAGUCCAAACUACAUGAGCUUGAGUGGAUAGAUCAGAGAUCUCGUCAGCUUGUCAUGGAAAAGGUUGAUUCUGCAAUUCCAAAACUAUGGACUACAAAGGAGCCCUCUAGUGAAGCCAAGCUUGACCUGCUUUUUUCGGAGAUGACAGUCAGCAACCAAAACUUCUUCUCCAACUAUGUCCAGCUACUAUCCCUGUGGCAGAAGAAACGCAUUGAACUCCUGAUCACCCAGCCUGAGGAUAUUGAUAUACUGUCUGUCAGACCAUUUCUCUUCGGUAAAAGUCUCCUCUUUCCCAUGGGAAUGUUUGUACCUCCACUUUUCCAUCCAACCUAUCCUAGAGCCAUGAAUUAUGGUGCAGCUGGUUUCCUUGUUGCUAAAGAUAUCCUCCACCUGCUUCUGCCUGACAUUUCCUCUCAAAGUAAGACUGUGUAUGCUGUGGGUGAGUGUGUGUGGACUCACUACCUCACAGUGUCAGAAAAGGCAGGCAGAGGUGGAGAGUUUCCGCUGUCAGCAGCACAGCAACAGGAGGUGUGGGUGCAGUAUACUGCACUGCAGGUAGCGCUGCAGGCUUAUCAUCAGAAUCUAAUGCAACAGCCUAAUGACACGUCUCUCUCAGGAAUCUCAUAUACUCGCUUGUUCUUUAGAUCCUUUUCUCAGGUUAACUGUGAAGCUGAUCCAUACCAUGACUCCAUGCCUUUUGAACCCGCCUUCUUGAUCACAGUCAUUUGUGCCAAAUAUAACCUGUGUCCUACAAGCCCGCAGUGCUCCAUUCAAACCAAGCAGAAUUCAUUACAAGCAUGCUGACCAGUCUUCUCUAAUUUGACAUAAAAGGUGUACCUAUAAGUAGGCUACAAACCAAAGCACACUUAUGUAUUUGCUUUUGUUGUAAUUGUUAGGUUGUGUCUGCGUGUUGUAUAAUUGCGUGAGCGGUUUAGUUUUGUUUGUUUUCAUUUUUAAAAAACUGUUGAAACCUUGUUUCCAGCUUGCCAGAAAAGGGACGCUGGAUCAAACAACAAAGUUCUCCUACUUAAAGAUGAUUUUGUUCAUUUAACUUUAACCAUCUUGAGUGAAAAAGUAAAAGUAAAAGUCGAUUUGGGCCUCUUAUUUUAAAAUAAAAUCAUCCGCGAUGAGUGGGGAAAUGUAUCUUUGCUCAAACUUCAUAUAAAUAACAUAAACAUAUAAAAAAUCAAUGAAUUCUGAAAAAUAUCCCCACCUGACCCCUUGAGUAUCUUCUGAUUUCUGUACACUGACUUUAAAAUAUAAAACAGUUCUUCAAAUUGAAGUACAUAAUUGUAUACAUAAGGAAUCACAGAUAGAAGAUGAACCUAUCAAAAUUUAGUUAGUAGAAGCCCUUCAUAUGCCAUCUGCACCCAUCUAUCCCACAUGGUAAUAUGACCUGAGAAAGAUUACCCAACAUUUCCUCUAGUUAUUAUCAGAAAACACAUAAAACAUCAGGAUAGCAAUGCUUGUUUCUCUUCAGGGGUGUCAAACAUAAGGCGUGGGGGCCAGAAUCAGCCCAACAAAGACUCUAAUCCAGGCCAUUCAAUGGCUUUGGAAAAUUUGGGAUUUUUAACUGUAUUUUAGAGCUUUUCCUCUCUCAUGGCAAUGCAUACUACACCAAAGUGAUUAAGUUAUAGAUUCAUGUAUUUUACACCUUUAUUUCUUACCAUUUAAGCCCAAAGAAUCAUCCUUUUACUACUCUAAGGAGCUUGGAAAGAAAAGCGUCUGGACUUCUUUGAGUUGCUUGAAGACGUUACACCUCUCAUCCGAGAAGCUUCUUCAGUUCUAAGGGUCAAUUGGUGGGACUCCCCACUAAUUCUACUAACGAUGACCUGGAUGACUGAGAACCUUCACAGACAUCCUUUUACUACAGCAGCAUUUCUUUAUUAUGUGGAAAAAGUGAGCUGUGCUUUUGAAAUUUCACUUCUUUUCUUUUCUUAUAUAAAAGCAUUUGACAUCCCUGCUCUACAUUACAGACAUUAAAGUAGUGCAAUUUCACUU